AUGUCCAUACCAGCGGCAUCCAUCCACUCAGCUGGGCGCUCGCUCCUCAAAGCAUGCGCUCAAGGCUCGCUCUCCAGUGUAAAAGCUUAUGCUCCUCAGCUAUACACCACCACUGGCAUCGACAAAAGGGCUGUCCCACCUCUGAGGCUUGCUAUAGCAACCGCCGCCGAGAACGGCCAUUCCGAUAUUCUCCGCUACUUCUUCACCCAUAUCCCGCAAUGCCAACGAUCGGCUGACGGCCCGUGGAAUCCGAAGAUCGAUAUCCAAGAGCGUGAGGUUCCCGAAGAAUGGCAGUCAGCCGUGACGCUCCCCGACUUUGUCCUCAUGCGCACGAUGAAGGGAGCUAAGCCUGCCGCCUUCCAAACACUUCUGGACUUCGGUCUGUGUGUCAACCAUCCAAUGGACAAAAUUGGGUCUCCCCUCACAGUCGCAAUCCAGCGACAAGACGUAGAGAUGGUGCGGUUCCUGCUUAGCAAGGGCGCUGAUGCAAAUGAUCAGUACUGGAUCCCCAACGACACUGUCCUGGCGCGCGCCGCAUCUCUUCCUUCGUUGGAAAUCAUGACCCUCCUCCUCGAACACGGUGCAAGUGUCCAGAGCUCACAAGCCCUCAAGGGUGCCGCCGAAAGCGGCCACGUCGAUGCCGCCACCGUACUGCUCGCACACGGUGCGGACGUCAACGAGGUCUUCCGACAUAAUCUGUGGGAUGAUGACGACGCGAGAGACACGAUCGGUACAGCGCUGCAUGUUGCAGUCCAGCACGAUCAAGAAGACUUUGUCCGAUUCUUGUUGCAGCGAGGUGCGCGGGCAGACCUGGCAGACGGAGAAGGGAUCACUCCCCGUCAACUUGCACAGGCGCAGGGGAAGGCAGAGGUGGUAAAAUUGUUUUGA